ACUAUCUUGGUUGGCAUCACCAGGCCCUGAGAACACAGUGCAGGCCAGCAUUGAAGAUCCCCCCCUUCAAGAUGAAGAACCUGAUACUGGUCUUGUGCCUCCUGGAAACGAGUUCUGCAGUGCCGGUGUUUCCUCGGCAGCCGGGGACCCCGGGCGUGGCCAGUUUGAGCCUGGAGACAAUGAGACAAUUGGGCACCUUGCAGGGACUAAAUAUGCUUUCUCAGUACUCAAGAUUUGGCUUUGGGAAAUCACUUAAUUCUUUGUGGAUGCACGGUCUCCUUCCACCACAUUCCUCCUUCCCAUGGCUGAGACCAAGGGAACAUGGAACUCAACAGUAUGAAUAUUCUUUGCCUGUGCAUCCCCCACCUCUCCCAUCGCAGCCAUCCCUGCAGCCUCAGCAGCCGGGACAGAAACCUUUCCACCAGCCCAGCGUGAUCACCACCAUCCAGGACACAAUCCAGAAGGGAGGACCUCAGCCUCCGGUUUACCAUGGACAGCCACCCUUGCAGCAGGCAGAGGGGCCAAUGAUUCAACAGCAGGUGGCACCAUCAGAGAAGCCACCAAAAACUGAGCAACCAGGAAUGGAUUUUGCUGAUCCACAAGGUCCAUCCCUACCAGGAAUGGAUUUUGCUGAUCCACAAGGACCAUCCCUACCAGGAAUAAAUUUUGCUGAUCCACAAGGUCCAUCAAUAUUCUCAAUAGCCCGUUUGAUAUCUCAGGGACCGCUGGCCCAAAAUAAACCAUCUUCGCUUUAUCCAGGAAUGUUUUACAUGUCCUAUGGAGCAAAUCAAUUGAAUGCUCCUACCACACUUGGCAUCAUGAGCUCAGAAGAAAUGGCGGGAGGCAGAGGAGGCCCCAUGGCCUAUGGAGCCAUUUUCCCAGGAUUUGGAGGCAUGAGGCCAAGCCUUGGAGGGAUGUCUCCCAAUCUAGGCAAGGGUGGGGACUUUACUAUGGAAUUUGACUCCCCAGUCGCUGCAACCAAAGGCCCAGAGAAGGGAGAAGGACCUGUGCAAGGCUCCCCCUUGCCGGAGGCCAACCUAGCCAAUCCAGAAAACCCAGCUCUCCUCCCAGAGGUAGCAAUGCCUGGUGCCCUUGGAGGGCUUCUUGCUCUCCCAAAGGACAAUCUUCCCAACCUGGUCAGGGGCCCUGCAGGGCACAGCAAGGGAUCUCCCAGGGUUACCCCAGCAGCCGCUGACCCACUGAUGACCCCUGGAUUAGCGGAUAUUUAUGAGCCCUACGCUGCUGAUACGACCACACCCUUGGGAGAAACGACCUUGGAUACCACAGUGACCCCAGACACAGAGCAAACAUCGAUGCCAGGAAACAAUGUCCAGCAGCCCCAUAUUAUGCACAACGGGUGGCAUUUCCAAGAGCCCUGAGAGCCUUGUGAUAUCAGCUACGUUGUGUUUGCAUAAGCUCCCCAGCUUUGAACCAUGGCCUAACUUUUCCCUAAAACAUGUUUGCCCUCUGCAGCAAACGCAUAUUAAUAAACACAAGUGGUUAGAAAUAGUGUAGGUUCCCUUCUUGCUUUCAUUCUCUUGUUGAAAUAAAAGGUGUCGACGGUCUCUGUGACUUAGAAAUACUGUUGAUCUCUGCAUCUGAAAGUCACUGUUUCUUAGCUGUCUUAGGCAUUUAUAGGAUGUCUCUUACUAGCGUGACACUGUUGUAUCCAGAAAAUGUGACACUGCUUUGGGUAUCCUUCUCUAAGCAAAGGCACAUAUUCUUAGAAUUGUAAGCAUUCAAAUGUUAUUAAAUGGGGAUCAGUGGACAACCCCUAACUGGUAUUACUGGGUUUGGUAUGUUGGAUUUUAAAUUCUUAAUUGUAGAGUAUUUUUAUUUAAUCUAGUAAAAACAU